CUGCACUGAACUGCAUAUGAGUUAUAUGAGUUUCAAACUGCAUUCUGUGGCAGUGUAGAUCAGUGCUUCUCAAUCUUCCUAAUGCCCCGACCCCUUGAUACAGUUGUGGUGAUCCCCAACCAUAACAUUAUUUUUGUUACUACAGUAGAGUCUCACUUAUCCAACGUUCUGGAUUGUCCAACGCAGUCUGCCUCUUACUAGUCAAUGUUUUUGUAGUCAAUGUUUUCAUUACAUUGCAAUGUUUUGGUGCUAAAUUCGUAAAUACAGUAAUUACUACAUAGCGUGUAUUGAACUGGUUUUUCUGUCAAAUUUGUUGUAAAACAUGAUGUUUUGGUGCUUAAUUAGUAAAAUCAUAAUGUAAUUUGAUGUUUAAUAGGCUUUUCCUUAAUCCCUCCUUAUUAUCCAACAUAUUCGCUUAUCCAACGUUCUGCCGGCCCAUUUAUGAUGGAUAAGUGAGACUCUACUGUACUUCAUAACUGUAAUUUUGUGACUGUUAUGAAUCAUAAUGUAAAUAUCUGCUAUGCAGGGUGUAUUUUUAUUCGCUGGACCAAAUUUGGCACCAAUACCCAAUACGCCCAAAUCUGAAUACUGAUGGGGUUGGGGAGGGGGAAUGAUUUUGUCAUUUGGGAGUUGCAGUUGCUGGGAUUUAUAGUUCACGUACAAAGAGCAUUCUGAAUUCCACCAAUGAUGGAACUGAACCAAAUUUGGCACUCAGAACUCCCAAGACCAACAGAAAAUACUGGAAGGGUUUGGUGGGCAUUGACCUUAAGUUUUGGAGCUGCCGUUCAUCUACAUCCAGAGAGCACUGUGGACUCAAACAAUGACGGAUCUGGACCAAACCUGCCAAAGGGUUCCCAAGACCAUCAGAAAUAUGUGUUUUCUGAUGGUUUUUGGCGACCCCUCUGACACCCCCUUGCGACCCCCCAGGGGUCUCAACCCCCAGGUUGAGAAUCACUGGUGUCGAUUGAGCCCUUGGGUGGUAGAUAUAUAUAUAUUGAGACACCCCAAUAGCAGAACAUAAGUGAAAAAGCUGGACAGUGGAAGAAGAUAGCCAAACUUAUCUGAUGUCUUUUUUUAAUCAUGUGAGGAGCAACUUUCAAGUCGCUUCUGGUGUGAGAGAAUUGGCGGUUUACAGAGAUGUUGCCCAGGAGAGGGCUAGGAGGCUCCUCUUGUGUCCCCGCAAGCUAGAACUGACAGACGGACGCUCACUCCACAUCAUGGAUUCGAACCGGCAAUCUUCAGGUCAGCAACCCAACCUUCAGGAUUAUUGUGAAAGCUGGAGAGGUAGGAGAGAAAACCAAUCUGGUAUGUUUGAAAGUAGCAAUGUUUGUUCCGAAGUAAGAAGGAUGAUGAUAGAAAGUUCCAUGGCAGUUGGGUGCUCACCCAGUAUCCUGUUCUACAGAGAUCUUCGAAUUCUUGGCAGGAAAAUAAAUCAAGAAUUUGGUGAGACUCACCUUUUUCUGGAUUAAGCACCAACGUCAAAAAAUAACUUCUGCUCAUAGAAGGAAGGCAGUCUGCAAGAAGUUCUUGUGAAGGCAUUCCUGUAUUCCAUGGAGGAAGAUAAGGGACACAUUCUGCCAACGGGCAGUGAGCCCAUCACCUCCAAAACCAGCAGGCUUGGGAGUGCAAGAGUGAUCCCCCCAUACCCAGUCUCCCAGAACAGUCACCAGCCUUUCAUAUUCUGCCUGGUAGGACUCUAUAGCUGUCGGUGGAAGAAAUACAGUCAAAAACCAGCAAGGCCAGGGCAGUGCUGUUGUGGCAAGGAUGAAUGUAUAUUUUUCAUAAUGUUGCUUCUAACAUUCUCCCUCUGGUUCAUCUUCCUGUACAUGUGGUCAGAGGCGAAGAAUGACUACCAUAACUUUGAUGGGUAUGCCUAUGGGAAUCUAGGCUUCUGGUUUCAGUGGUCCACGUUUGUCCUGUUUUUGUCAAUGUUUUUAUUUUUCUACAUUUUGUUCUUAGUGACCAUAGCUCUGUGUCUGCUGUUAGAGAGUCAACAGCUGUACCUGUACAUGGGCCACAAGGCAGCAGUGUUCCUUUUCCUGUGCCUUUCUAUUAUGGGCUUAUCCUCAAUCACACUUCUGUGGCAUAAACAGUGGAAUACAUUUUACCUCUCAUUUCAGAUUACGGCUCCAUUUUUUCACUUGGGUGCCAUCUUCAUCAUGAUCAUCCUAGCUUGGCCAGUAUCACUGCAUUUCUUCCGGAUGAAUAGUAAAGUGAUUAAGGUCUUAAUCCUUUUUCCGUACGUGGCCGUCCUUCUCUUCCUCUUCUUCAUACCUUUGGGGUUGCACUCUCCCUGCAUCCGGGAGAAGGAGACAUUGGGCCCCAAGCCAGAACUCAUUGCCCACAGAGGAGCUCCAAUGGUGGCUCCCGAAAAUACAGAGAUGGCAUUUCUUAAAAGCAUUCAGCACGGGGCUCAUGGUUUUGAGACAGAUGUCACAAUUAGCUAUGAUGGUGUUCCCUUCCUGAUGCAUGACAGCACUUUGAAAAGAACCACCAACGUUGAGUCUUUAUAUCCUGAGUUCAUGUACGAAGAGGCUGCCAUGUUCCCAUGGUCACAUCUGGAGAAGCUGAACUCUGGAAAGUGGUUCUUUGAAAAAAAGCCAUUCUUUAGCAUGCCCCCGCUCUCACAAGAAGACCGCAAUCUGGCAAAGAGGCAAAAAAUCUACAAGUUCAUAGAUUUCUUGAAACUUGCCGAUCAGAACAACAAGUCUAUUAUCUUCGAUCUUUAUCGCCCUCCAAAGUAUCAUCCGUACAGGAAUAGCUUCAUCUAUCUGGUUGAACAAGUCCUUCGAGUUCAAGCAAAGAUUAAGCCCAGUUUGGUCCUUUGGCUGCCCAAUGCAAACAGAAACUAUGUGCAAGCUAAUUCUCCUGGAUUCCAGCAGGUGUUAGGCUAUGAAGCCAGCAUCAAAGAGCUCCAGGCGAAAAACAUUGUGAAACUUAACCUGGAUUACCGAACACUGGCCAGUAUAGAUUUUCAGAAAUAUGCAGAAGCCAACAUCACAAUUAACGUUUGGGUGGUCAGCGAACCGUGGCUUUUCUCCUUGGCCUGGUGCUAUGGAGUUAAUUCUGUGACCACAAAUGCCGUGCACAGCCUCAAGGCCCUCAAUCAGCCUUACUUCCUCAUGACACCCCAAGAAUACAGGACGAUGUGGGUCAUAAUAGAUGUGGUGGCUACUUUUCUCAUCAGUUUCAUCUUUGGUCUCCUUCGAUGGAAAGUGGUGGGCCGCUAUAGCUGUCUGAGUCGGAAAAACAAGGUUAUUGGGAGAGAUUCAAGCAGCUCACUUGAAAGAGAACCUGAUUCAAUGACAAUGGUAGCCAUAUAGACUGGCAAGGAAAUUCCCAUCAUCUAAACAGAAGAUUGUUUCCUAUCCAUGAGCUGCCCCUCCAAAAAUACAUUUGGACUUGUCGAGAGAGAUGAGGAACUGCAUGGAUUUUCAUGGACUCUGCCUGAUUUUCCUGGCUACUUUCAGCAGAAGAUCAAUGAAUCCCUGUCUUUCAUGAUUAAGAGGCAUGGAGAAUUCCCUGAUGGUUUUAGCUGGACAACGCAAAUAGAUUUUAUCUUGAUAUUUCUCAGCAUCAUGGACUAAGGUCUCGUUGGGCUGCUCUUUGGAUUCUACUUGAAAGGAAAUCAGUUUUUAGCCUUUCAGAAAUAGACUUGCCAGGAACAGAUUUUAGGAAAGUGUCAGCAGCCCCAUAUAAACUGAAGGCUCCCAUACCCUACGAGAGUCAAAAGCAAAGUCUACAAGAGUCUCAAAGGAAAGUUUACAGAGGUUGGUGGAUAAAAAACCCUUGCUGCUGAUCCUUUGACAUGUAUGGAUUAUCCCCCUGUACACUGUCUUUUUAAUUUUAAAAAUGGAUUCUUUAAAUGGAAAUGCAAAGGAAAUGCAUCUAGAAAACAGAAAUAUUCUGUGGAUCAGAGAAUGACAAGCAUAUGCUGUGAUGUCAGUGGGGUCCGGGAGCCAAGAUUUGAGCCAAACAUUGAAACCAAGAUUUCAAACCUGAAAUCAGAGCUGCUAAAGAUUAUGCCCGCAAUCCUACAUCGGGUCACUGUAGGAUCUAGGAGUCAAGGCCAAAGCCAAAUAUUGAGAGCUUGAGCCAGAAGUCAGAGCCACUAAAGACUAUGGCUGCAAUUCUACACCAGGAUUGAAGACCCGGCAUCCAUAGUUACAUGUUGCCUCUGCCUCUGGAAGGCACAUUUCCAGACUUCUGCAUGUGCUGCUGCCAAGAGGAGCUGACCAAACAAUGGUGCUUCCAGGUACAAUUCUAUAACCAAAGAAAGAAAGAAAGCUGAUGUCAUUUUUCUGGAUCUCCAGACACUCACUGGAGAUCUGUGGGGCAACCUUAUUUCAAUGGAGUUGCUCAAGAUCCAGGCCAAUAGUGCUAACUUUCUUUCUUUAGUUACAGAACUACAGUUGGGGUGGAUACUGUCUGGUUGCCUGUUUCUGGCCAGUAAACAGCUUUGGCAAUGUCUCCAUGACUAGAAAACAUCCUUGGGAGUGUAUCUGUUUGAAUAAUGUGUAAGGAAGUAUAGGAUGUCUCCUUAUGCAACAUCCGAAAAUGUAUAUCUGUAAUCCUGAGUUGCAUGAAUAUAUGUUACCAACAGGAUUCCAGCUUAGAUUUGACCAGCCUCAAUAGGAAGCCUUAAUAGUCUCUUCAGGACUUCAAGACAAGGUCUUACUUAGGAGAAGUCCAAAUGGAUUAGAUCAAACACCUAUAUGGUCCACCAUCCUUUCCCCUCCACAAUGACUGACCAAAUGUCUGUGGGAGGCCCACAAGCUGGACAUGAGGUCAGUAUUGAUUCCUGUAUUGGAAACAUGUUGCCCUUCUGGGUGAGUACAAGAAACAGCACAGUAUUAUGGUUCCUUCUUUGUAUGAAGCAUGGAAAGUACUACGAAAAGAUGGACUUCUUCCUGUAGCCCUUUUGGGGACAUCUCAUUGGUCAUAGUGAGAGCAGUGUUUUGGCACAGAUAGGCAUUUCAUAGCAUCUCCUAUCAUGGCUCUUCCAAUGUUCUCUUACAUGGCCUGGCAAUGCAGUUUUUAUAUUUUGAAGAUGAAAAUAUUAAGGACUGCUAAGAAAAACCUUUUUGUUUGUUUCCCAAUCCAUCUGUUGCCAGAAUACACUUAUGCAUUUGGAAGUUCCCCUGCAGAAUGGGCCAGACCAUUUGUCUAAUGAAGAACAACAUCUGCAUUUCAGUUCAAUGUUGUGGUGCUACUGGGCAUGUGGAAACCCAUCUGGUUGUGCAUUCAGUUGUGAAACAUUGCCAUCCAGUGCGAAGACUGCAUAGCACAAUCAAAUGGGUAACUCUUGUGUGUGUAGAUUUAUGUUACCCAACCCUGAUGUUGCAUUAAUUCAUGACGCGUAAGAUGACAAUUCAGUCCCAAUACUGGAAGCAUAUCUGUACAAUAAUAUUUGAUUUUGGCUUAUGUUAUAAAAUAAUAUAUCCUU